CGCGCGACCGAGGUCUUCCUGUUGCCCGGCUGCGGGUCACAGCAGUCGCGCGCCCACUCGUGAUUGCGGGCCGCGCGCUCGGAGGAAUGUGGGCCGGGGUCGCGGGGCUGUGGGGCUCCUGCGCGCGGCUGCAGGCCCUACGGGGCCGCCAAGGGGCCGUGCUUCUUCCCGGCCGCGCGCGGGCCCUGCAUACCUCGGUCGCCUCCUGUGGCAGCAAGAACUUGCUCAAGAAAUUUGCCUCCAAAACCAGAAAGAAGUUUUGGUAUGAAGGUCCAUCCCUGGGGUCUCAAUUGACUCACAAGCCGUCCAAGUAUGAGUUCCUCAUGAAGAACACCAUAAAGAAGACUCGGAAAGAAGACAGCAUACGCCUGAGAAUGCUGAACGGCCUUCUCUACAAAGCCCUGACGGAACUGCUGUGCACUCCUGAAGUGAGCCAGGAGCUCUAUGACCUGAAUGUGGAGCUCUCCAAGGUCUCUGUGACGUCAGACUUCUCAGCCUGCCGAGUAUACUGGAAGAUAGGCAUGUCUGCGGACCAGAACAGGCACACGGAAGCUGUCUUGCAGAGGAGUGCUGCCUACAUGAGGCACCUUUUGAUGUCUCAGCAGACCCUGAGAAAUGUUCCACCCAUAGUGUUUAUUCAAGACAAAAAAGAUAUACUGCUGGCUGAGGUGGAUCGGUUACUCGCAAUGGCUGACUUUGGACCCCCAGAUGAAAGGGAUGACUUGGUACAAGAUGAUUUGAGGAACCCCAAUGCCUUGUCACCACAUGACUCCCAGGAACCAACCACACCCCCAACACUGUGUGGCAUUGACCAUGAGGCACUCAAUAAGCAAAUAAUGGAGUACAAACGCAAGAAGGAGAAAGGGCUUCUGAGUAUGAGCCUGGCACCACCGUCAGGGCGAGAGCUGGUACCUGAGCUGACGCGUUCGCUCAGGAGAAAGAAGGUAUCAUCCCGCAAGCACCAGGACAUGUCCCCCAGAAGCUUCCUAUUGGGUGAGGAGGACGAGGAUGAGUUUGGUGGCGCCACUGAUUAUGAAUGCCAAACCCAUGAGGGAGAGGAAGAAUGGGAAGCAGAAGCUGGAGGUGACAGGGUCCAGCCGGGGCUCUGUAGCAAAAGAGAACAGGACUAGGGGUGAGGCCUCACUGCUGCCUGCCCCUGCCUUGGGGAGAUGGACUGCAGGAAGAACACUGGAGCAGAAUGUGCAUCUACCUGAGAGACAGUUGAUGGAGGCGGAGCUCCUGCUGGAGGCCGUCCUAAGCUGCUUCCUGUUCAGUAGCUUUUCAGCUAUUUAUGCAAUUAAUUGCCUAUCCUAACUCACCAGUUUUUCUCCAACAUUCAUGUAUAACUAAAGGUAAAUGACAUCUUAUCGCUGACAGAUUACCUCAUAGUCACUGGCACAGGCAGCCUGGCCUCUGGGGCCGGAGAGUUGAACACAGAUCCCAUAGGCCUACGUCUGUACACCUCCACAGCUAGCUCUCAGUGCUUACUCCGUGGUCCCUGGAUAACUUCUUUGUAAAUAAAAUAUUUUGUAUUCUUUGGGAAUUUCA